CACCGCCAUCUUCCUCAACUGCUCUGCAGUCUUCGAUAGCUGGAAGACAGAAACAAGGAUAUACCUGUAUACAGGUAACUUAAACUGCGGGCUACAUGAUAUACUUAGGAUAUAUAACAUGCUGAAAUGCACUCUGUUUGUCAAAUGGCUACUGUAAGCUAAAUGCUGAACAGAAAAAAUAGGUCUAAAACCUGGCAAGGUAAAUUGCGAUCAACAAAGAGAAAUAUUGUGAUUGGAUGGUGUCUCACGUGGUCAAUCAAUAGGGAAACUGCGACACUGAAACAACAUUGAGUGAAACAGCCUUGCUACUGGGAGGUCUCACUGCCUAAUCAGGCAAGCAUUGUAAGCUACAAAGAAAAAAAAAAAAGAAAAAGAAAAUCAACCAAUCAGUGAUGGGAUUGUUGCCGCUCCUUGUUCUGGUAUUAAUGGUGUGUGUCUCGGUCAUUGACUCACAAGACUCCUGCAAUCCUAACCCUUGCCUCAAUGGUGGGACUUGCACAAUGUCACCUGAACACGCUUUACAAUGUACCUGUACCAAUCAUUAUUCUGGAUAUUAUUGCACUGUAGGGAGGUGUGGGGAAAAUGGCGUAUGCAUGUAUGAACGUUUAAGGCUGCAUGUUCCACAGAGGAAUGAGAGGUGCGAUGAAAUUUAUGGCUACCUUUGUGUGUGCAAAAAUGGUUAUGACGGGGAUGGAUUUAACUGCACCAGGUCAGUAAGGUGUGGGGAAAAUGCCGUAUGCAUUUAUGGAGCCUUUGGGCUAUAUGUUUCUUCUAUGAAUGAGAGGUGCGAUGAAAAAAGUGGCUACUAUUGUGCUUGCGACUAUGAUUAUGAAGGGGACGGAUUUAAUUGCACUAAAAAAACAAAUAAAUCUCCCAAAUAAAGCAAUAUAAUGAAAACUCUGCUAUAGAAGAUGUCUGUUUGAAGUAACCAGAACUACACAAUUAUCUAAGAAUCACAGGUG